GAUUUUACACUUUGAUUGAAAACAUUUCGCCAUUGUGUAAUAAGUAGUUCCUUCUUCCUUCCCAAAACUUUACGCCAUUGUUGCUUCAUUCCCAUCAUCGGAGCAUCUCUCCUGAUUCUCUCGCUUUCUCUGUUCAUUGUUCUCUUUGUGUAUGCCAGCAGAAUGGCGGGGGUAUGGAAGAAAGUACAACCUCCUCAGUACUGUGGGAAUCAACCUUUCCCUCCAAAUUUUUCUUGUGGCAGAAAUUUGCCGAAGAGUCAACUUGGUGGUGUAAUCUUUGGAUGCAAGAACGCCACAAUGAGAGAAUGCCUCUCUAAACAACUCUUUGGCUUACCAGCUCAGCACUUCUCUUAUGUGAAGAAUAUUGAUCCAGGGUUGCCUCUGUUUUUGUUUAACUAUACUGACAGGACGCUUCAUGGAAUUUUUGAGGCAGCUAGCAAAGGGAGAAUGUUUAUAAACCCCUAUGGAUGGACUACUGAUGGUUCAGAGAGAACACAAUAUCCUGCGCAGGUGCAAAUUUAUGUUCGACUUCAGUGCCAGCCACUGUCCGAAGAUAAAUUUAAAGAAAUACUUGCGGACAACUACUACACUCAUAACCAUUUCUGGUUUGAGCUAGACCAUGCGCAAACAAACAGACUUAUUUCGUUACUAUCAUCUGGAUCAAUUGUCUCUGGUAAUUCUGUCUCGCAAAAUACACCGAACUGGAUGACUUUAUCUCGACCUCUUACAUCAAACGAGACUUGGAGGGAAGAUGAAACAUCUAAAAUGCUUGAAUUAGAGACAGACUAUUCUACUCACGCAAGUACAAGUGCAUAUUGGACAGAAAAUGAUUCUUCUUUAGUAGACCACAGCCAGCCAUUAGAUACUAAUGAGGUUGAGAACGAAGUACAUGAGGAUGAGAUGAACAGCGUAUUUUUGAAACUGAAGGAGUUAACUGUUAACCAUGAAAGUCAAGAUUUAUCUUUGGCAAACAAUGUCAAUGAUUCUCCUGAUAUGAAUAGCAUAGAAAAAGGUUACACGGAAGCGUUAGGUGGUUUAGAUAAGAAGGAAGAAAGUUCUGAUCCUCCGAUUGAGUGUCAGUACAACAUAGCUCAGUUUGUGCAAGAGGUCAAAGAAUUGACAAGUUUCAAGAAAAUCCAAAUAGACAGGAAUUCCUACCUGGAGCAGAAACUGAUUGAGGCAGAAAGGGAAAUUCAGCAUCUUAAAGAUCGUUGUACGCUCUUAGAAUCUGCUUGUAGUAUCCCUAAUCGUUUGGAAUAUGUUGAGAAGGCAGUAAUAAAGUCGACAGCUGAUUUAGAUCCCAAAGAUUCACUAUUUUUAAUUGGAGGUUUUGAUGGAAAUUCAUGGUUAGCAACUAUGGAUUUGUACUGUACUUCUCAGAGUCUGACCAAACCUCUUAAGCCUAUGAACUCGGUUCGUUCAUAUGCUUCAGUUGUGCGGUUGAAUAGUGAAAUUUAUGUUUUAGGUGGUGGAAAUGGUUAUGUUUGGUAUGACACAGUUGAAUCAUACAAUCCAGUUCUCGAUAACUGGACCAUGUGCCCUUCUUUGAACAAGAAGAAAGGAAGCUUGUCUGGUGCUGCUUUAUAUGGCAAAAUUUUUGCUGUUGGUGGCGGCAAUGGAGUUGACUGCUUUCAAGAUGUUGAGAUGCUUGAUUUUGAUAUUGGGCGGUGGAUCCCUACACGCUCAAUGCUAAGCAAGAGAUUUGCUCUAGGUGCAGUUGAACUCAACGGGUCAAUUUAUGCCACUGGCGGGUUUGAUGGAACUGAUUACUUAAGGUCUGCUGAAAGAUUUGAUCCCAGGGAACAUUCUUGGACCAAAAUAUCUGACAUGAAUGUGAAGCGGGGCUGCCAUUGCUCAGUUGUUCUAAAUGAAAAGUUGUACGCGCUUGGUGGCUUUGAUGGCGAAAAAAUGGUUCAAAGUAUCGAGGUGUUUGAUCCUCGUCUUGGGGUAUGGGCAAUGGGGGAACCAAUGGUUCAUCCACGGGGGUAUUGUGCUGCUGUAGUUGUCAAUGAAUCCAUUUAUAUGAUUGGAGGAGUUAGGAUUGGCGAGGACAUUGUAGAUAAAGUUGAGAAUUAUAAGGAAGGUCAGGGAUGGCAGGAAACUUAUCGAUCAGCAGCUGUUAAUAGAUGUUUCUUGUCAGCUAUUGCUUGCAGUCACGACUGAGAGAAUAAGGUUCUUCAGUGGUCAUGUAGACAGAUAAUUUUGCGUUCUCUGUCUGUGCAUAAAACAGUUUAUAGGGCACUAACAUUCUAUGUAAAUGAGUUUGUUGGAUAUUUCUACUGGUGAACCCUAUAAAGUCUGAAGUUGUAAGUGUUUGCUAAUUGACCAUAAGGGCACUCACCGUAGAUACUAGGGCUAAUAUGCUAAUAGAGAAGUCAAAUAUUGUUGUAUGCUGUCAAAUAUGCUAAGGCUAGUUGUAUGAGCCUAAUUUGUUAAAGCUGCAUGUAGUGCUCUGCUCCAGUACAGAUUCUGGGUGAACAUCUAUUGAAUAAUACCAUGAAGAUAUUGGCAGUACUCGUAAAGAAACUCUUGUAAUCUGCCUGUAGUUGAACAUUCUUCUAUGUGCAGCAAUGGAGCUUUAAAUGCAUGGACAAGCUGUUAUUUUAA